CCGCUGACUUUGUUUCAUUAUUAGUAUUGUUUCUUCUACCAGUUCACACACACACAAACAUGGUCACGCGUGUUCUUAACAAAACAAGAGACAAAUUCUCACACAACACAAACAAACGAGUUGACUAUGUCUAUGUUACUAUGUAUACAUACACCAAAUGGAACAAGACUCUUUUUGUUUCACUUCCACGCAGCACCAACUACAACAAUUUCAUACAAGACCUUUUAUUAUGUCUUUCCUCCAAACUAGAACCUUCUUUCUCAUUCAUUUCUCAACAUGUUCCUUCCUCUCUUCAUUAUUUCCUUCUAACUUCUGACUCUCUUUCUCAUCAUCUUCAAUUCAAUUCAUCUAUUUCCUCAGAUUUAAUUUGUCACCUGCAACUGCAACUACCAAUCCGAUCUUACCAAGGCAGACAUUGAGAGUAUUGGGAGAGAUUUGAUUUCUAUAUUUGGAAUUUGACCUUUGACACUUGCAAAAUUUGUGGCCAAAGCUCAACAUUUGAAGUAAUAUGUCUGGUAAAGUAGUUACCAAAAUUCGGAUAGUUAAAUGUCCGAAAUGUCGGAACCUUCUUCCAGAGCCUCAAGGAUAUGAUGUGUACAAGUGUGGUGGAUGUGGCACUGACCUUAAAGCUAAGAAACAAAGUAUGGCUGUGAACUCAGAUUCCAGUAUACAAGAAAUCAAUGCAGCUCCUGGAAGCACAUCAGAUCUUGUUUCUGGAGGUAAACAACGUAGCGGAAGAAAGCAUCAAGUUCCUCUUCGGAAAGAUAUUUUGAAGGAUAAAGCAACUGCUUCAAGCGAAUGUUAUUUGGAUGGAAACGGUGAGGACAGUGGCGGUCAGUUAAUACCUUUCAAGUUCACAGACGAAGAAGAACUGGAAGGUGAGUUGGAUAUCCCUAAAUUGUCACUCAGAAGGCGUAGAGUAUCGAACAAAGGUGGUUCAAAUAAGAUCACUCACUGUGAGAUUGAGGAUAUAAGUAGUAAUGGAGACUUUUCAUUAGAAAGAUCAAAAGAUGAGUCGAUUUAUUCAUCUGAUGAUGAUGGCGAUGAUGACAGAUCAGUUCUGAUAGGUGACAGACCUGAAAUGGAAAUUGCUGAAAGUAAUUUAAAACGAGCAGAAGAGUUGAAUGAAGGAAACUUGUCGCUAGAGGGUGCAAAUGACGAGUUAAUUUCUGGAUCAGAUGAAGAAGAUGCCAACAAAGAGAAGUCAGUUACAGCAGGUGAAAACCCUGAAGUGGAAAUUAUUGGAAGUGCUUUAGAAGGAGCAGAAGACAUGAAUAAUGGCAACUUGCCGCUAGAGGAGGUUAAUUCUGGAAUGGAUAGAGAAGAUGUCAAUAAUGAUAAAUCAGCUCUAGUUGGGGAAAACCUUGUAGGGGAAAAUUUGCCACUAGAGGGAGCAGCUAUAGAGGGUGCGAAAUCCGAAAUAGACACUACAGAAGGUACUACUACAAAAAAUCCAAACACUGAGAAUGUAGAUACAUUAGGUACCAGAGAUCAUAGUUCAGAGCUUAGUGCUGUUCUUGGAAAAGGCAAACUGUCUAAAUCUGCAACAACCGGAAGCUCUUAUGCUUAUGAUGACGGCCUUUCUUCACAUGAUGGAAUGAAUGAGCAUUACCCUGUCAAACAUUUAGAUUCUUUGAAAACCACCGACACUGUUGAUGAAGGAAGGAACAAAAAGGGUAAAGGCCUUGCUAAUAGCUCCUUGUAUGGUGAUCUUGGAACACAACAUCAAUCACAUAUGCCACACGAUAAGAAUCAUGACAUGAAAGAGAGCAGAAGGAAUCAAAUCAAGGUGUUGGACAAUACAACCCAUGGUAAUUCACGUUUGAUGAAAACAAAGAGAGAUCAUGAGUUUCCGUCGAGAAUUCCUUUCCAAAGAAGUGGUUACCAAUCACACAAUGAAAGUGGAAGGCCAAGAAAUGGAAUGCAUGAUCAGAGUUCAAGCUUUCUUUUGCGUGACUCCCGUGCGGACACUGACCAAGAGAAGAUGAAACUGUUGAGAAUGAUUCAUAAGUUGCAGGACCAACUUGACCAGUCUCGCGUGAGUGAGGAAACAAAUAGAAGAUUGUCCAAAGGUGUAUCUUACAAGGGAAACCAUGGUCAUGCAUACCAAUACCAUAGUCAUGACCUUCAUGAGGGAAGGUUUUCUCACGCGCUUGAUCACGCUAGGUGUAAUGGUAGAUGUAAUCAUGGAAUCAUAUCACACCAAAGGCAUCAAUACUCACGGAUACCUUAUUCAGCUGAGGUAACAAGUUGUGCACACCGUGUUGAUCAUUGUUGUUACCAUUGUUGUUCCCAUGUCUCAGCAGAUUUGUCUCCACGUGUUCAUUUCCAACACGACAAUUUAUACAGAUCCUAUCAAGGACAAGACCAUUGCUCUUCAAGUCCACGGCACUUCACAGCCUCUAAACUCCCAUUAUAUAGCAGUGAAACAAAUUCUGAUGAUCAGAGUUAUCGGGCUACUGCGGUGAGGAAAUAUUUAAGGGAGAAACAGAACUUGGCUAAGCGACAUCACAGGCCAAUAGCAGGUGGAGCUCCUUUCAUCACUUGUCAUAAAUGUUCAAACCUGCUUCAACUACCUGCAGAUUUUCUCCUUUAUAAAAGGGUGUGUCAUAAGCUGAAAUGUGGUGAAUGUUCAGAGGUACUCAAGUUUUCACUCAAGAAUGGAAGUCAUGUAGUACCUUUUUCAUCAAAUACUAUAGGUCUUCCAUCUCGCGAGCUUCACCAUCAAAGCGAGGUGAUUAGCAGCAACAAUCUACCAUCAAAAACCCGUGUCAACUAUUACCAUUACUCACCUGCAAAACCCAUUUCAUAUUAUGAUGAUCAUGGCCUUUCUGUAUCUCAAAGUUUCUCCUCAGAAGUAGAUCCUGUUUUUCUUCCACAACAAUUUCAUUCCUUGAAUGGUGGUGAAUAUGUUAAUCCAAACGUUUCUCCUAGCUCAACAGUUAAGGCGAAAAUUGUUGCUUCAAGAUAUUUUAGUGCAAUCGCGGCUCCAACGGAGACAGAUGAAUCGACUGAAUUUUCCUCCAAUAUGUCUGAAACCAGGAAAUUGUCUGCAGAAAAGGAGGCAAGGUCGUCACUAAAAAAUACUCUUCAUAAGCUGAUGGGCUAUUCUACACCAAGUAAAUUGAUAAGAGGGACAUCUUCAAGGAGCUCAUACUCAAUUCAGGAAAUGAUCUGAGUAAAGAAAGAGAAUGAGGGAGUUAUAAUUUUUCAUGUAGUAUUAUCCAUCUUGAAAUUGGCAAUAGGUGUAUUUAUUCGCAGUAGCUACAUUAUUUAAUUUAAUUUUAGUAUGUAUAUACCAGAUUACCAGUUCUUGAAUAGGUGUUGUGCACUUGUAAUGCACGUCAAUUAAGAUUAUUGUUGUAAAGAUAUUCUUUUGGUGUAUAAAUGAUUUCAUUUGAAUUUUUAUAUA